CUGAUGCAGGAUGCUGCCUGGAGUGUCUGGCGUGCCUUCACCCACCCCACCAUCAACUCAGAGGCUAGAGUGAGGCCAGCUGGACGGAGGCCCAGGAGCCAUGGGCGACUGGGGCUUCCUUGAGAAGCUGCUGGACCAGGUCCAGGAGCACUCGACCGUGGUGGGCAAGAUCUGGCUGACGGUCCUUUUCAUCUUCCGCAUCCUCAUCCUGGGCCUGGCUGGCGAGUCAGUGUGGGGCGACGAGCAGUCGGAUUUCGAGUGUAACACGGCCCAGCCAGGCUGCACCAACGUCUGCUACGACCAGGCCUUCCCCAUUUCCCACAUCCGCUACUGGGUGCUGCAGUUCCUCUUCGUCAGCACGCCCACCCUGGUCUACCUGGGCCACGUCAUUUACCUGUCUCGGCGCGAGGAGCGGCUGCGGCAGAAAGAGGGGGAGCUGCGGGCACUGCCGGCCAAGGACCCACGCGUGGAGCGGGCACUGGCAGCCAUAGAGCGACAGAUGGCCAAGAUCUCGGUGGCGGAGGACGGUCACCUGCGGAUCCGCGGGGCGCUGAUGGGCACCUAUGUGGCCAGCGUGCUCUGCAAGAGUGUGCUAGAGGCAGGCUUCCUGUACGGCCAGUGGCGUCUCUAUGGCUGGACCAUGGAGCCUGUGUUCGUGUGCCAGCGCUCACCCUGCCCCUACCUCGUAGACUGCUUUGUCUCACGCCCCACGGAGAAGACUAUCUUCAUCAUCUUCAUGCUGGUGGUUGGACUCAUCUCCCUGGUGCUCAACCUGCUGGAGCUGGCGUACCUGCUGUGCCGCUGCCUCAACCGGGGGAUGAGGGCCCGGCAGAGCCAGGACAUGCCCCCAGCCCAGGGCACCUCCUCGGAGCCUUAUCCUGACCAGGUCUUCUUCUACCUCCCCAUGGGUGAGGGGCCCUCAUCCCCGCCAUGCCCCACCUACAAUGGGCUCUCGUCCAGUGAGCAGAACUGGGCCAACCUGACUACGGAGGAGAGGCUGGCUUCUUCCAGACCCCCCCUCUUCCUGGACCCGCCCCCCCAGAGUGGCCAGAAAUCCCCCAGUCGCCCCAGCAGCUCUGCUUCCAAGAAACAGUAUGUAUAAGAGCCCGGGAAGUCUUGCUGCCUUUAGUGCAAGACUCUGCAGAGAUGACUGGGGCUGGGGAAGCAGGUGCUUGCUGGCCAGAAGGCCUCACUGCAUGUUGUUCUUGAAUACCUGGGGCCUUCCUGGUGACCAGAGGGCACCAUAGUUUCCCCUCCAGAAUGUGGCUUUGUCCCAGGCACAGACAGAGGCAGCUCAGGGUGCUCUUGGCCAAGGGUGUUUGGGCCCUGUGGUCUUUUUCACCAUGUUCAAAGGGACUCGGAGACAACUUACUCCACCCCCAC